GUCUGAAGUGUGUCCAUCUUCUUUCUGCGGAACAAGAAAUCAACUCGAUACUAGUAACUACCUUUCUCACGGGUCGGUCAGAGCAACCAAACUUUCGGCGAUCCAUCCCGGUAAAUGGGCGAUUACGAGCCGGUACCGGACUUCGAACAGCAACCCCAUACCGACAGGAGAACCACACGUAUCGCCUCCCUCGAUGUCUUUCGCGGCCUCUGUGUCUUCCUCAUGAUGCUAGUUGAUUAUGCCGGGUCGAUUUUUCCAAUAAUUUCUCAUUCCCCGUGGGAUGGGAUUCAUUUGGCUGAUUUUGUGAUGCCUUUCUUUCUAUUCGUUGCUGGGGUUUCUCCUGCUCUUGUGUACAAGAAAGUACCCAACAGAGUAGAGGCUACAGGGAAGGCAGUGGGUAGGGCAGUGAAGCUUUUUCUUCUGGGUGUUGUUCUUCAAGGUGGUUAUUUGCAUGGAGUAAAUUCCUUGACAUUUGGCGUUGACGUCGAAAAAAUAAGGUGGAUGGGCAUUUUGCAGAGGAUAUCUAUUGGAUAUAUUGUUGCGGCUUUAUGUGAGAUCUGGCUUACAUUUAGAACAUGGAGGGAAGAAGGUUUUUUCAAGGGUUACUACUGGCACUGGUGUAUUGCGUUUUCACUGUCAGCUGUAUACUUGCUGCUAUCAUAUGGUCUAUACGUUCCAAACUGGCAAUUCACAGUACCUUCCUCAGACUCUUCUUUGCCACCAUCAAAUGAUAGCAAUGUUUACAUGGUAAAAUGUGCUGUGAGAGGUGAUCUUGGACCUGCCUGUAAUUCUGCUGGAAUGAUCGACCGUUAUAUUCUAGGGAUUGACCAUCUAUAUAAGAAACCUGUUUACAGAAACUUGAAGGAGUGCAAAAUAUCUGCCAAUGGUCAAGUUUCAAAGAGUUCACCUCCAUGGUGUCAUGCUCCUUUUGAUCCUGAAGGUAUCUUAAGCUCCUUAACAGCAGCUGUGACUUGCAUUUUUGGACUUCAAUAUGGACACGUUCUUGCUAACCUACAGGACCACAAGGGGCGCCUAAAGAACUGGUCCUUGUUUUCAACUUCUAUGUUUGUCCUUGGACUUCUCCUUGCCUUCACUGGCAUCCCUCUAAAUAAAUCUCUGUAUACGGUCAGUUAUAUGCUGAUUACUUCUGCAUCUGCGGGGAUCACAUUUUGUGCUUUAUAUUUAUUGGUAGAUGUUUAUGGUUACAGACGGUUGACAUGUGUGUUGGAGUGGAUGGGAAAGCAUUCUUUGAGUAUCUUUGUCCUCAUAGCUUCUAACUUAGCUAUCAUUGCAAUUCAAGGAUUCUACUGGACUGUUCCUGAUAAUAAUAUUGAAGUAAGCGAAGAGGGGCAUAGUCACCAACAUGGCAAGGACUACGUAGAUCCUCCACCCGCACCACUCAUUGACUUGGCCGAGCUAAAGCUCUGGUCUUUCUACCGCGCUCUCAUCGCCGAGUUUAUCGCUACUCUCCUCUUCCUCUAUAUCACCGUUGCCACCGUCAUUGGGUACAAGAAGUCCGGACCCUGUGACGGCGUCGGUCUUCUGGGUAUCGCUUGGGCCUUUGGCGGCAUGAUCUUCGUCCUCGUCUACUGCACCGCCGGUAUCUCUGGUGGGCAUAUCAACCCGGCUGUGACAUUCGGGCUGUUCUUGGCCAGGAAGGUGUCGCUGAUCAGGGCUGUGGUGUACAUGGUGGCACAGUGCUUGGGAGCUAUAUGUGGUGUUGGGUUGGUUAAGGCUUUCAUGAAGCACGACUACAACACACUUGGUGGUGGAACCAACUCUGUGGCUCAAGGGUACAGCAAGGGCACAGCUUUGGGUGCUGAGAUCAUUGGUACCUUUGUGCUGGUCUACACCGUUUUCUCAGCCACUGACCCAAAGAGAAGCGCACGUGACUCACACGUGCCUGUGUUGGCUCCACUCCCUAUAGGGUUCGCUGUGUUCAUUGUGCACUUGGCUACCAUUCCCAUCACUGGUACUGGUAUUAACCCAGCUAGGAGCUUUGGUGCUGCUGUUAUCUACGACAACGAUAAAGUCUGGGAUGAGCACUGGAUUUUCUGGGUUGGUCCGUUUGUGGGAGCACUGGCCGCAGCAGCAUACCACCAGUACAUCUUGAGAGCAGCGGCUAUCAAAGCUUUGGGGUCCUUCCGCAGCAACCCCACCAACUAAGCAACCAAAACAACCUUCGAAAAGGAGCUUUAUUUUUUAAAUGUCCCAUUUCUCUUUCUCCCCUAUUUGUUUGUUUGCGUGUAUGCGAGAAUGUUCAUGAUGAUCAUGACCUUUCUUCUUUUUCUUGUUUUAUUUAUAAAUCUUUGUUGUUAGCAUUAAUGUAAUUGUACGUUGAUUGUUUAAAACAGUGGUACUGCUCUGCUUUUUUAAUCCCUUUAAUCA